AUGGCAACGCCCGCCACGCCCGCCACGCGCUAUUGCGUGUGCCAGCAGACGGACGGCGCCGGCAUUAUGAUCGAGUGCAGUCGCGGCACCGGCGGCUGCAACGGAUGGGUCCACCCCACGUGCUGCGGACUGAUGCUGACGCGAGAAGAGCUCGAGGCGCUGAGCGCGUACAUUUGCCCGCUCUGCGAGACGCCCGACGACGACUUUACGGCCUCGACGGCGUGCAACACGCGGCUCGCGAACCACGAGGCCACGCGCCAGCGCCAGCUGCAGGACCAGCGCAGCCGCAGCGUCGCUGAGAAGAAUCAGAAGAAUCAGAAGAAUCCAAAGCAGUUGACGAAGAAGAAGACAAAGGCAAAGACGACGCUGUCGACGAAGAAGGACCCGUGGGUGUGUGCAGCGUGUCAGCACCCGAAUCGCGACCGCCGCACGCGGGAGUGUGAAGUCUGCCACACAAAGCGCGUCAUGGACAAGCGGACGACGGCGGGGCAGCAAGUGGCGCCGUCGGACCAGGUGCUGGAAGACCGCGAGAUGGCGGAGCAGCUGCUGCUGGUGCAGGACGAGCGACGGCAGAGUCGACGCGCAGUCAACAAGAAGCGCAAGUCGUACCACGUGCCCAACUCGGACGAUGACUUGGGCAGCUCGGACAGCAGCGACGACGGGAAGAAGCGAAUGGAAACGAAGCAGAAAAAGCACAAGAAAAAGCGCACGACAAGAGGCGACGAGAGCGAGUCGGACGAAGCCGAAGUGGAGCUCGAUCCUGGGAAAUUGAAGACUGAUGGCGGGGGCAGCAAAAAGAAGUCACUGGAGCAGCACGUGGUUGCCAGUAUGGUGAUCGACAAGAUCAUGGGCGUGCGACAUCGCGAUCAGGUGGCGUUGGCACUUGUUCGAUCGACAGACUCGGCCAGCCUGGACGGUAAAAGUGCUAGUCGACCGCUGUUGGCGACUGCGUCGGAUACUGAAUAUUUGAUCAAAUGGAAAGGCUUUGCGUACAUGCACUCGUCGUGGGAGACGCCCAAAGUGCUGCUGGAGAUGGACCCACUGACUAACAAACAGAAGAUCAAGAGGUUUCAUGAGAAGGAACAACAGCGAUUGCAGCACCCGCAUCGUCAACUACGAGAAGCGGACGAGGGUGCGACAGCGGUGGAUGAGCUGGAAUACUACAACCCUGAGUACCUGGAGAUCCACCGGAUUAUCGCUCACCGACAGGAUCCGCCGAUGCCUCCUGAUGUCAAUUUUCCGGAUGCACCGGUUGAUGACGGCAUGCGCUACUACAUCAAGUGGCGUAUCUUGUCGUACGCGGAAGCUACAUGGGAGCGGGCAUGCGACAUUCAAGACGAUGCCGCGCUUGGUAAAUACAAGGCGUCUAUUGUUGUGCCUGACGAGGAGGUGUGGAAGCGACGGCCCCGACCAAGCAUCCGUGAGUACCGAAAGCUGGAGGAAUCGCCAAGGUUUGGUGAGGACCAGUCACUUUCGCUCCGUGCGUACCAGCUGGAAGGGUUGAACUGGCUGCUUUGGAACUGGUAUAAUGAGCGACCAAGCAUUUUGGCGGAUGAAAUGGGACUCGGUAAGACUAUUCAGACCCUCGCAUUCUUGAACCUCCUUCGUGACGAUGCUAAGAUUACGAUUCGCGGUCCAUUUUUGAUCGUGGCGCCUCUGUCGCUGAUUGUGCAAUGGCAAAAUGAAUGCGAAAUGUGGACCACGAUGAACUGCGUUGUAUACCACGGCAACACCGCGUCCCGCGAGAUCAUUCGCGACUACGAGUUUUACUACUUGGAUGACAGGCUCCGUCCUGACAAGAGAAAGCCAUACCGCUUCAACAUACUCGUGACGACAUACGAAGUAGCGAUAAAGGACAUUGGUGUUUUAUCGAAGAUUCACUGGCGCUGCCUUGUGGUUGACGAAGCUCACCGGCUAAAAAACCAGUCCUCGCGGCUCGUCGAGCAGAUGCGUUCUUUGCGCCGUGACCACUGUGUACUGCUUACGGGCACGCCUCUCCAGAAUAAGACAGAAGAAUUGUGGGCACUGCUGAACUUUCUGGAUGCACGAUCCUUUCCAAGCGUUGCGGACUUCCUCGACAAAUUUGGUGACCUUCACGAGGCGCAACAAGUGGCCGACUUGCACAAGAUGUUGAAGCCGUAUCUACUUCGUCGAGUCAAGGAAGAUGUUGAGAAGUCGUUGCCUCCGAAAGAGGAGACAAUUGUUGAAGUGGAACUCACACCGGUCCAGAAACAGUGGUAUCGUGCGAUAUACGAGAAAAACACGGCAUUUUUGAACCGCGGCGGGAACCCCCGCAAUGUGCCGAAUCUGAUGAACGUGAUGAUGGAGCUCCGUAAGUGCUGCAACCACCCGUAUUUGAACAACGGCGUGGAGAGCAUUUUGAAUGAGGGGUUGACCACCGAUGCACAGCGUCAUGACAUGAUGGUGAAAUGUUGUGGCAAGAUGGUAUUGAUCGACAAGUUGCUACCGCGAUUGAACGACGGCGGACACAAAGUGCUUAUUUUUAGCCAAAUGGUCCGCGUGCUUGACAUUAUCGAGGAUUAUCUGCGCUACUGCGGGUACCUGUACGAGAGGUUAGAUGGUAACAUUCGUGGCAACGAUCGUCAAUCUGCUGUGGAUCGGUUUGUCAAACCCGAAUAUAAGCGGUUUGUGAUGCUGUUGUCGACCAAGGCUGGUGGUUUGGGUCUGAACUUGACAGCUGCAGACACGGUCAUUAUAUUCGACAGCGAUUGGAAUCCCCAGAAUGAUCUGCAAGCUCAAGCUCGCGCGCAUCGUAUAGGCCAGACACACUCGGUGAAAAUAUAUCGCCUGAUCACGCGUAAGACGUACGAGAUGCAUAUGUUCCACAAAGCGUCUCUGAAGCUUGGACUGGACAAGGCCGUCCUUACACACAUGCGUCGUGAGAACAUGGAAGAGGGUGGAAAGAAGCGAAGUAAGGGCGCUAAGGCGCAAGAAUCGAAGGAGAUCGACGAUUUGCUGAAACGUGGUGCAUACGACGUGUUUCGCGACGAUGAUACUGCAGGUGAACAGUUUUGUGCUCUUGGCAUUGAUCAAAUCUUGCAGCGCUCGUCGCAAAUCGUGCAGUACUCUGAGCAGGCGCAAUCGAGUUUCUCAAAAGCGAGUUUCGUAUCAGCUACUACCUCGGAUGAUGUGGAUCUCGACGAUCCCGAUUUCUGGAAGAAGGCUGUAGGUUUGGUGGAGCCAGACCCAGUGGAAACAGAGGUUUUGUUGCCGCACCAGCGAAAACGGACUCGCGUUGCGCGAUUUGGUGACGGCGGAAGUUUCUCUGACGGUAGUGCAUCAGAUGAAGAGUACGAGCACGAAAAGCAGGAGAAGGAAAAAGAAGAACGCGAUCGGCUGGAAGAGAAGAGCGCGCCGCGAGAGUGGACUCAGAACGGACGCGAUCGCUUGCAGCGUGCGCUGAUGCAUUACGGCUUUGGUCGUUGGGAGGUUAUUCGAAGCCAGAGCGGCGGUAGUCGUUCAGUGAAGGAGGUGGAACGCUUUGCACGUGGGUUUAUUUAUGCAUCGGGUCUGGCUUGUGAUGAGCGCAAGGACGAUUCUGCGUUCGUGAAAGCAUCGAUUUACGCAGCGGCGUUUGCUCGAACGAAUAGCAUGAUUGAUGAAGAAGAGCUGUCAGCAGUCCUGAAGGAAGAUGAUUUUGUGCUCAAAUUGAAGCAGGGUGGUGGCCGACGUGUGCUCGUUCGACUAGAUAUGCUCCGAAGGCUCCAGCAGCUCCUCACGACAGCUUGCGAUGUGUGCGACGGGCUGUACAAGGAUGAUGAGAAUAAGGCGAAGACAAAGCCGAAACCGACCGCUAGUAUUGAUGAACGCGCCCGAUACUACGGUGUGGAUAAGCUUGUCCCGCACAUCGAGUUGGUGGACUUGGGAGAGCGACCAGCGUGGACGCAAAUUACGCCAUGGUGGAACGAGGAAGCCGAUCGCAACUUGUUGAUGGGUGUAUUUCUUCACGGAUACGGUCGCUGCGCCCAAAUUCUAGCCGAUUCGCGGCUGUAUUUUUCUCGCUUGGAGAAAGCUGCGCAAACCCAUGUCGAAGCAAAUAACGUAAGCGGGGCCGGUGAGACAAGCGUCGUCCGUCCGACCGCGACUCCGGUAAAGUCGGAGGGCACUGUGGUUCUGGAUGAAGUUGGGGAUGCAGAAAUGAGCGACGUCGACACGGAAAGCGUUACAAGUUGUCCGACCGAUGACAGCUACUACAAGACUAGUGAUAGCUCUAUGCAAGUCAACACCGAAGCUGGUGCUUCAUCUGAAAGCGGUAUGGGAGCAGCAGCGUAUACGUUUAAGCAGCCAGAGGUGCAGCAUAUGAAUCGUUUGCUGAGUUGGCUGUUGUCUGCGGAAGAGAUAAAGCGCCGCCACGAGAAGGACCGAUACAAAAAAGAGCGCGUUGCUACGGAACAAAGGCGUCAAGUUGCUCAGGAAAUGCGAGUGCGUGCUUUGGCUUUGCGUCGCUUGGAGCUGAAGGCUAUGCAGCUCGCGCAAGUUGACAUCCUACGGCACAUGGCAGUGCUGCACAAUGCUCGCCAGCUUCCGGACGCCGCGUUUGUCGCCGCGCCACAACACCGCAUGAAAAGUACCGACUGGACCAAAGAGGAGCGUCGCUCCUUUGCAUAUGUGUUGGCUCUGCAUGGCGCACCCCGGAUUCUGGCGAAACGUGCCGUUGUUGGUCCGGAUGGUAGAGCAGCUCCAUCGGGACUGCCAUUUGUGACAGAGCACGCACGCGGGUUUUCGUGGGAGACGGAUAGUGUUUCGUGGCGCAAUAUCGUGGAGUGGGCUAAUCUGAACAAGACAGCCACUCUUACACGAACGUUUUACGAGACAAAGUUUGCUCCGAAGUGCCGUGAGGUCGCGCGUAUGCGAGCAGAUCCGCUCGGUUCAGACCAGCGUGCGGUGGCGUUGGGCGAUCUUAUUGGUAUUGAGUUUGUGGACGCUUAUGAGGGUGUGUUGGCACAUGGGCUCAAGGCUCGCAACACUGCUUGGGUUACGAUGCGGCGCACUCAACUGCUCGAAGAUGUACUAGACGUACUGUCGAACCGACGAGGCGCACUGGAAAGUGUUCUUCGAUCCGGAAAGCAGGGUCUGGUGGAGAACAUGCCGGUUUGGUGGUGUCCAUGGAUUCACGACCUGGGCACCUUGUUCGGCAUGGCUCGAUACGGUAUAUACGGCUGGGAGCGCAUAAUGCUGGACCGUCAGUUGCCGUUCCACCGCCAGGCGCGAGAGCACCACAUCCGUACGGUGUUUUUGGAAGGCACGACUACGUUUCGUCCUCUGUACCGCCAUCACUUCGAGUCGAUCGCGCAGAUGAACGACUGGUUUGUGCGCGUCAUGAACGAGUUUCCGUCUUUUUCAGUACUGGAGCGAAAGGUGGAGAUGAUUUGCGCUAUUCUAUUAGAAGAGCAGGGUAAUGGCGCUGAGCGCUAUUUGGAGCCCGAAGAUCGACGUGAGUUCAGUCUGUCGCCACCAGGCAAUUGUUUUGAAGAGCUGAUAAUGGCUCGAGUAAAGCGGGAGGAGGACUUGCUUCCCAGCAUCGAGCCCAUCACGACGAACGACUUGCCGGUAGAGUCAGGAAGCGGUGGUCCCUCAGACACACUAGCAGCGUUCUUGCGUGAGUCAAAGAGCCGUCGUGACGAGUACUUCCGUACACUUGAAGCAUCGAACGCAAUUGGUUCCCACACAUCUGCUCAUGUAGCCACAGCCGGCGAAGCGUUUGCCUCUGCAAUGAAAGACGAACACGAGCAGCACGCAGGUGGUGAUGAAGAGCGGAAGCAGGUAGCGUCGUCGCAGAUCCCCAUUCAAAUGCUGGUUUCGUAG